UUCCAUAUUUCAUAGAUCUAAAACAACCGAAAACGACAGUGAAAACGUGGAAAAAACGAUGGGGCUUCUUGCAGCGAUUGCUAGACAUUUAGAUACGCUUGUGGGGCCGGGAGUAAUGCUUCUUUUCCCCUUGUAUGCAUCGAUGCUAGCGAUCGAGAGUUCUUCAAAAGAAGAUGAUCAACAAUGGCUCACCUAUUGGGUUUUAUACUCCUUCAUAACCCUUUUCGAACUUUCGUUCUGGAAAGUCCUCCAAUGGCUUCCAUUUUGGCCAUACUUGAAGCUUUUGUUCUGUAUGUGGUUGGUGUUACCGGGGAUCAACGGGGCCGCAUACGUAUAUGCAAAUAUAGCAAGAAAGUACGUUAAAGUGGGAAGCCACGUCAGCUCAAAGUACCCCGAAGGACAACGGAAAGUUCUCCAAAUGAUGAGCAUCGACGCUCGUAAGUCUGUGGAGCGUUACAUCGAGAAAUACGGACCCGAAGCGUUUGAUCGAGUCGUCAAAGCGGCUGAGAAGGAAGCAAACAGAAAAUAAGAAAGAAAUAUGGAGUUCUAAUUUUAUGGUAUUUUAUAGAAAAUAUCCAACCAAUGUUGUUAGUUUAUUUAUUUUUAAUUA